AAUUGCAACCGGUUAAUCGGAAGCGGAAUCGUUCAUCAGUAUACUGAAGUUAUUUUUAGUAUAUGGAAAGGUAACUAGUUAAAUUACUAUUUAUUAGUUUUAGUAACUUUUUUUUCCAUAUAAUUGUGCAACCUGACCUUUGGUUGCAUAGGCAUAUUUUAAAGUUUAAGAACUCGAUAUAUUUUUAUUAUGUGAUAACCCCUAGUUUCGUUUCGUACAAAGAAAUGGGAUAAUAACGUAAUCAUGAGCAAUUAUUUUUUACUUAUUAGGCUAAUAAAAUCGAGGAAUAAAAGAGAAUAAAUAUUUGUAAGAGCAGAUUUUAUCAAGAGCAUAAAUUUUUUUUAAUUCAGUAGUAAUCAAAAUAAAUGUUAUUGUCUUUUAGAUUGAACUUAUUAUACAUCAUAUACUUUAAAGUUUUGCAGACUAAAAUGAUAUGACUAGUUUACUACUAGAAACUAAAUUUAGUUGCCUCUUACUAUUUUUAGAAAAUGAAUAAAUAAUUUAAUUUAUUGUUUUUCAGAUAGAAAACAGGCUAUUAUUUCCCUUAAUGGCUAACUUACAAGGGAAAACGCCUGUAAGCUAUUUACAAGAACUAUGCACUAAACGAAGUAUAACUCCUCAGUAUGACUUAAUUGCUAACGAAGGCGCCGUUCAUGAACCAGUUUUCGUAUUUAAAGUGUCUUGUGGGGAGUUCUACGGUACAGGUCGAGGUACGAGCAAGAAGAAAGCAAAACACAAUGCAGCAUCUCAAGUAUUAAGCAAAAUGACUGGUGUGUCUAAUGUUCUCGUUGCUUCUGAAGCAAAUAAGUCAGCUGAAAAUAUUGAAGAAACAACUUUGACGAAAGAUACCUGCAAUAAAUCUAACUCCUCAGAAUCACGUAAAGUGGUCUUACCGUCUGCCAAUGCAAGAUCUUCUCCAGCAACGCCUCCACCUACAGGCUCAAAUCCAGUUGGUGAAUUGCAGGAGAUGGCACAGAAAAAUCUUUGGUCUCCUCCAAUUUAUGAUUAUACGGGAGAGCAGGGGCCACCUCAUCAAAGGGAAUUCAUUUGUAGCGUUCGUUUAGGCAAGUCUGUCGAAAAAGGAUUAGGUAAAUCUAAGAAAAUGGCUAAAAGGAAGGCCGCCCAUGUCAUGCUUACAGCAAUACAAACUGGAGCAAUAACGAUUGAUCCAAGUGAAGAUCUUGAUUGUCAGAAUUCUUCCGAUCCUGCCACAAAUUAUACAGCCUUAAAGAGUACUAAAUCAUGUCCUCCUCUUCAGCCAACGAUGAGCCAGAAAGUUACUCAAUUUUAUCAAAAUAUGAGAAAUUCUUCUGGAAAGCAAUUAAAUUCUUUACAGGAUAAACAGCUUAAUUCUGUUGAUAUGCAAUAUGUAAACCUUCUCAAAGACAUUGCAAGUGAGCAACGUUUCGAAGUAACUUAUGUUAAUUUAGAUGAACAGGGCUUUGAUGGUAAUUUUCAAGUUCUUUUGCAAUUAUCAACUAUGCCAGUUGCUGUAGUUCACGGAUCUGGCGUAACUUAUGAGCUAGCUAGAUCAGAAGCAGCCCACCAUGCUCUUCAAUAUUUAAAAAUAAUGACAAGGAAAACUUAA